GCGUUAGGCUGGAGCAGGCUCGGCGCCGCCGCCAUUUUGUGCAGUCGCUGGGAAGGAAGGAGACGCCUAAGCCGCGGCCCUGCCGGGUUUGAGCGUAGCCAAACCUGCCCCCUGUUUUUAUUACCCCGAUUCUCUGAGUUUUGCUCCCGUCUCCGACGAGAGAGGCGGCGACGGUGGCGUCUGCGACGGGAGACAGCGCGUCGGAGCGAGAGAGCGCCGCGCCUGCCGCCGCCCCAACAGCGGAGGCGCCGCCGCCAUCGGUCGUCACCAGGCCGGAGCCGCAGGCGCUCCCGAGCCCGGCCAUCCGUGCCCCGCUCCCCGACCUCUACCCGUUUGGGGCCAUGCGCGGUGGCGGCUUUGGGGACCGGGACCGGGACCGGGACCGCGGAGGGUUUGGAGCAAGAGGUGGUGGCGGCGGCCUUCCUCCAAAGAAAUUUGGUAAUCCUGGGGAGCGUUUGCGUAAAAAGAAGUGGGAUUUGAGUGAGCUUCCCAAGUUCGAGAAGAAUUUUUAUGUGGAACAUCCAGAAGUGGCAAGGCUGACUCCAUAUGAAGUUGAUGAACUACGCCGAAAGAAAGAGAUUACAGUGAGAGGGGGAGAUGUUUGUCCGAAGCCUGUGUUUGCCUUCCAUCACGCGAACUUCCCACAAUAUGUAAUGGAUGUGUUGAUGGAUCAACACUUUACAGAACCAACUCCAAUUCAAUGCCAGGGAUUUCCUUUGGCUCUCAGCGGCCGGGAUAUGGUGGGCAUUGCGCAAACUGGUUCUGGGAAGACAUUGGCAUAUUUGCUGCCUGCAAUUGUUCAUAUUAACCACCAGCCAUACUUGGAAAGGGGAGAUGGCCCAAUUUGUCUAGUUCUAGCUCCAACCAGAGAGCUUGCCCAGCAAGUACAGCAGGUGGCUGAUGACUAUGGCAAGUGUUCUAGAUUGAAGAGUACUUGCAUUUAUGGAGGUGCUCCUAAAGGUCCCCAGAUUCGAGACUUGGAAAGAGGUGUUGAAAUCUGUAUAGCUACUCCCGGACGCCUGAUAGAUUUCCUGGAGUCAGGAAAGACAAACCUUCGUCGGUGUACUUACCUCGUGCUGGAUGAGGCUGACAGAAUGCUUGAUAUGGGUUUUGAACCGCAGAUCCGUAAAAUAGUUGAUCAAAUCAGGCCUGACAGGCAGACAUUGAUGUGGAGUGCGACCUGGCCAAAAGAAGUGAGACAGCUGGCAGAGGACUUCCUUCGUGAUUACACCCAGAUCAAUGUGGGCAACCUGGAGCUGAGUGCCAACCACAACAUCCUCCAAAUUGUGGAUGUCUGCAUGGAAAGUGAAAAAGACCACAAGUUGAUCCAACUCAUGGAGGAAAUAAUGGCUGAAAAGGAAAAUAAAACAAUAAUAUUUGUAGAAACGAAGAGACGCUGUGAUGACCUCACUCGGAGGAUGCGCAGAGAUGGUUGGCCAGCUAUGUGUAUCCAUGGAGACAAGAGUCAACCAGAAAGAGAUUGGGUGCUUAAUGAGUUUCGUUCUGGAAAGGCUCCCAUCCUCAUUGCCACAGAUGUAGCCUCCCGUGGGCUAGAUGUGGAGGAUGUCAAGUUUGUGAUCAACUAUGACUAUCCAAACAGCUCAGAGGAUUAUGUGCACCGAAUCGGCCGCACAGCUCGUAGCACCAACAAGGGCACCGCCUAUACCUUCUUCACCCCAGGGAACCUGAAGCAGGCCAGAGAGCUGAUCAAGGUGCUGGAGGAGGCCAACCAGGCUAUCAAUCCCAAGCUGAUGCAGCUGGUGGACCAUAGAGGAGGCGGCGGCGGAGGGGGUAAGGGAGGUCGUUCUCGAUACCGGACCACUUCUUCAGCAAAUAAUCCCAACCUGAUGUAUCAGGAUGAGUGUGACCGGAGGCUUCGAGGAGUCAAGGAUGGUGGUCGGAGAGACUCUGCAAGCUAUCGGGAUCGUGGUGAAACCGAUAGAGCCAGUUAUGCUAAUGGCAGUGGCUAUGGAAGUCCCAAUUCCACCUUUGGAGCGCAAGCAGGCCAAUACACCUAUGGUCAAGGCACCUAUGGGGCAGCUGCUUACGGCACCAGUGGCUACACAGCCCAAGAAUACGGUGCCGGCACCUACGGGGCUAGUAGCACCACCGCAACGGGGAGAAGUUCACAGAGCUCUAGCCAGCAGUUCAGUGGGCUCGGCCGCUCUGGGCAGCAGCCACAGCCGCUGAUGUCCCAGCAGUUUGCGCAGCCUCCCGGAGCUACCAAUAUGAUAGGUUACAUGGGGCAGACUGCCUACCAGUACCCCCCUCCCCCGCCUCCCCCCCCUCCCUCACGUAAAUGAGGCCACUCCCGUGGUGACUUCGCAGACUUAACUGCAUUGAAAGGAACUCUGUCUUUCCCCUUUUUUCUCUUCCCCUCUUUUUUCUUUUUUAUUUCCCCCCCAACCAUUGUGAUUGUCUUUCACGCAGAUUAGUUAGAAUUCACUGCCAGGUUUCUUCUGCCUGCCAAAAUGAUCCAUUCUGUCACAGAUUUUGUAAAAA